AUGCCAGUCCGCCAGAAUCCACGAGACUUGACGACAUUAUCGGAAAUUCUGUCAUGUCUAUCAGCAUACCAAUCUGAAGAGGCAGAGUUGAGCAAGAGCCUCACCGAGCUAUUGAACGCGCGCGAACCGAUUGUAGCGUCCUUGGAUCGGCUGAGGUUGCUGGUUCCUCAGCUCGAGGAGUCGGGGAGGGAGGCAGAUAUUCUGUGCAAGAGGGUGGGGAAUACUGCGCGGACGGCGGAGAGGGUUGGGAGUAGGGUGAGGACGUUGGAUGAGGAGAUGGGCAGGAUCAGAGAGGCUGGAGAGAGGGUUGGCCAGGUUAUGGAGUUGAAGUCUUCGUUGGCCGCCCUCCAGACCGCUAUUGACGCGCAAGAUUGGGAAACGGCCACUACACAUUGCGCGAAAGCCAUGUCCAUACCCCCUGAAGUCAUAUCAGGCGCCUUUGCAGAGAGUGCUGUUCCAACGACAGAGAGCCAUCUCCCACCAGCCCAAACUCUCCAAGCACAGCGACAAACGCUGCUGGAAGUCUUUAAGAAGAAGUUUGAAGAAGCUUCAAGGAGCAGGGAUUCAACAGCAACAACGCGGUUCUUCAAGUUGUUCCCUGCAGUUGGGUGGGAGGAAGAGGGAUUGGAGGCGUAUGCUGCAUUUGUCGUUGAUUUGGUGAGGAUCAGGACACCGGCGUCUGCGAAGACUUCGUCCCCGCUUUACUUUGUCACGGCGUUGACAUCUCUGUUCGAGAGUAUAGCGAUGAUCGUGGACCAGCACCAGCCGGUCGUUGAGAAGUAUUAUGGGCAGGGAAAGAUGCGGUUGGUCGUGCAGAGGCUGCUGGAUGAGUGCGACAGGGUGACCAGGGGGAUGAGGGAGUCUUGGGAAGAGGAUCGGGGUGUUAAACGCAAGAUGGCAGAUAUCUUGAACAAUCCACCUAUAACGCUGGCUUCGAACCGGAAACCUCCACCUCCGAAUGAAGAUCUUGCUAUAGACCCCAGAGAGAUUGACAAGGUUCUCUCCGAACUUUCUGGGAUGAUCGGACGAUGGAAUCUAUUCCGCAAGUUCCUCUUGGACGCCUUAAAGGAUGACGACGCGGAUGCUGAUGUGGUCCUCGACGACGCUGGCGAGAAGACUGACGCUACUAUCCCGGACACCAAGCUGUUGGAUAACACGAAAUCCCAUGCGAUGUUUGAAGAGCUGGUGACAAUGUACUAUAUUCCAUUUGACGUGUGGUACACAUCCACCGUCAUCGACAAGGCCCAUCGCCUCUCGUCACCGGACCCCAUGGCCAGUCCGAUCACCACCACCGCUCCAGACGAUGCAUUCUACAUCCUCAAAGCUGUGAUAUCUCGCCUGUUAACAACAGGGUCCGUAGCAUGUGUCCGUCACACUAUCGAACAAUAUCGAGAUAUCCUCGAUCGUGACUACAUUGGAGUCUAUAAGAAAAGGAUGGACGAUGUGUACAAGAACCCGAUGUCUGUUACUUCGACACCACGUCCAGACCGAACGGAGAGGGAGAACAGGGUUGCAUUUAUCACUUUGCUUAAUGAUUUGGAUAUCUCAGUAUCCCACCUAGACCGCCUGAUCCACGACCAAUGCGAGAAUCCCUCAAUAGGUCAACAUUUCCUCGAUCAUCAACAAGGCGAAGUGAAGAAGAUUGUCUCGACUUUGUCGUCGCUUACGGCCAGGUUCAAGUCAACGCUGAGAGGCGGGAUCGAGCAGCUCUUCAAUCAGCUUAUGCGGCCUCGGUUACGAACCUUCAUUCCAGACGUAUACAGGGACAUUUCUUACGCUUUGAACGAGGACCAGUACAAUGUGGCGGAAUACCAGGAUCUGACGAGAAAGAGGUUCAUCAAGGCUUGGGAUACGCUCAUGGACGGGUACAAAGAUGUUUUCUCUGAGAACAACUAUCGCAUGUUCUUCGGGUUCACGCUAGACUUGAUUCUCAGACCCUGGGAGAAACAUGCCGUCUCACUGAAGUACACUGAACUGGGCGCUAUCCGGUUCGAUCGUGACCUUCGAGCGAUCACGAGCUACCUUUCGUCUCAAACGCCGUUUGGCGAUGUGAGAGAGAAGUUGCUACGGUUGCAACAGAUAUCGACGUUGUUGAAUCUUGAUAGCGAGGAAGAUGUGGACGAGUUCUACAAUGGAUCUGGGAUCACAUGGAAAUUGUCCGCCCAGGACGCUAAAGCCAUCGUUGGAUUGAAAAUGUAG